CCAGUCUACAAAAUGGUUGCCGCCUAAGUUUGAGCAAGUUUAUAUUGGUGUAUUUGGUUAAUAUUCAGCAAACCACGUGAGAGCAGUUUAAGAUGCCGCGUGAAAUUAUAACCCUGCAACUUGGGCAAUGUGGAAACCAAAUUGGGAUGGAGUUUUGGAAGCAGCUUUGUGCUGAACAUGGCAUCAGUCCUGGGGGCAUGUUGGAAGAUUUUGCCACAGAAGGAACAGACAGGAAAGAUGUGUUCUUUUACCAGGCUGAUGACGAGCACUACAUCCCCCGGGCGGUGUUACUGGACCUUGAACCACGAGUCAUAAACACUAUCAUGAACUCGCCAUACAGUAACCUCUAUAACCCAGAAAACAUCUACCUGUCCAAGCAUGGUGGAGGAGCAGGAAAUAACUGGGCUAGUGGAUAUGGACAGGCAGAGAAACUAUAUGAAGAGGUAUUUGACAUCAUAGAUCGGGAGGCAGAUGGCAGUGACAGUUUAGAGGGUUUUGUGCUUUGCCACUCAAUAGCUGGUGGUACUGGGUCUGGCAUGGGGUCGUAUAUAUUGGAGAGACUCAAUGACAGAUUCCCAAAGAAGUUGAUCCAGACCUAUUCUGUGUUCCCAAAUCUUGAAGAGAUGUCUGAUGUGGUUGUCCAGCCCUACAAUUCCAUCCUCACUCUCAAACGGCUUACACAGAACGCUGACUGUGUGGUUGUCCUGGAUAAUACAGCCUUGAAUAGGAUUGCAGCCGAGCGGCUGCAUAUAGAUGCUCCGUCUUUUGAGCAGAUUAAUCAGUUGGUGUCCACAGUGAUGGCAACCUCAACAACCACCCUGCGUUACCCUGGUUACAUGAACAACGAUCUGAUUGGUCUGAUAGCUUCCCUUAUCCCCACCCCCAGGCUACACUUCCUUAUGACCGGCUACACACCACUUACAACUGACUCUCAGGUUGCGAGUGUACGCAAGACAACUGUCCUAGACGUGAUGCGGAGACUCCUGCAGCCAAAGAAUAUGAUGGUGUCUACACCAGUGGCCCGACAUACAAACCACUGUUACAUCUCCAUCCUCAACAUCAUACAGGGAGAGGUGGAUCCCACACAGGUACACAAGAGCCUCCAGCGUAUUCGGGAGCGGAAGCUAGCUCAGUUUAUACCCUGGGGUCCAGCCAGUAUCCAAGUGGCGCUUUCCAGAAAAUCUCCCUACAUCCCCACUGCACAUAGAGUAUCCGGACUCAUGCUUGCCAACCACACUAGUAUAUCUGCGCUGUUUCAGCGCACCAUGUCGCAGUAUGACAAGCUACGUAAGCGUGAGGCAUUCAUGGAUCAGUUCAAGAAAGAAAACAUAUUUAAGGACAAUCUCGAUGAGUUUGACGAUUCCCGGGAAUCUUUACAACAGCUCGUGGACGAGUACACGGCAGCUACAAAGCCAGACUACCUGUCCUGGGGAUCAAAACAGGCGAGUGGAGGAGACUAGUGAAGCAUAAACCUUAAAAGCAGAUGUGAUAACAUGCUUGCCAUGAAGCCACAGGACCAACAGGAAAUAGUACCAGUGAAGAUUAACAGUAGCACCAUCAGCUAUUGAUCUGAUCAACGCAACUUUUUGCCUGUUGUCUAAGUAGAAAGGUUCAAGAUGAACUUCUGAAAUCUGUAUAAGUGAUGUGUAUGAUCAAAUCAUGGUGUAAUGACUUCUCAUAGCAAAAGCUUUUUGUUCUUUGACAGUGUUAAAAACGAUUUCAUGGUUACAUGUACAAAGUAUGUCACUGAGUGAGAGUAUGUUUGUGAAGCAGUGUUUGAAAAGUGCAAUGACAUGUAGGAAAACAAAUAUAUUUUUUUAUAUAGAAAUAGUUUCAACUUAGAUUGAAGACUGCAGAAUAUUUCUAUCACUAUUCACUAAGGGCUAUUCCUUUUAAACAUAUAACCCACGGGGGGGAAAGGCACUUUUAAACUAGACCUCCCCCCUACAGAAGCAAAUUAACCGUUUGAGGGUCCUACCUCGAUUUGUUUUUAUAGAUCCGGAAUAACUCCCUUCAGAAGCGUUAUAAAAUUUGCAAGUAUAAAAGGUAAAAAAUUUAAUUCACUGAUCUUGCAUUAGGCUUUUAUGGAUGCUGUUAAUGAUGAUACAUAUAUUGAACCAUUUCUGUGUUAAUUCACAACAUUUUCCCAAGAUUUAAGGGUUACUAUCAUUUUAAUGUUACACUCUAUAGUCACUGUGUUUUAUGUUUCAAAUUAUCUUAUUGCUAAAGAUACAUUGAAAUCAUCGAUUUACCGUUAUAGGAAGAAUCACAUGGCACAUCUCCAGUCCAUCUGUCAAAGAGAGCUUGAUUUUAACUUUUUUAAACAUACCCUUUAAACAUUUCUCAGAAAUUGGCAAAAGCUCUUUCUUCAAGGGACUUUGGUCCUUGACCAAAGUCCCUUGACUUCAAAGUGGCAAAGAGAUCUCAUCAAACCUAAUGAUGCAUUAGAAAUUGAUGUGAAAUAUACUUAUCAUACAUUUUGAUGAGAAUUAGCAUAUAAUUUAUGCCAUGAACUCCUUGUUUGUUUGCUGUGCAAAAUUAAAUGGCAUAUUUAUCAUUUUUGAAGCAAGUUGAUGUGUCGUUAUUAAAAAAAAUAAAUUGGAAAACAAACAAAACAUGGUUGUACAGAUUUGUAAUUUAUUUAAAGAUCUUAUAAAGUUAUUGUUUAUAAUAUAAAAUAAUAUGUUGUGCAUUAUAAAUAUUAUUAUUGAAUAAUUGUACCUGUAAUAAUAAUUAGCACUUACAAUGUAGUAAUAAGUACUUAUAAUUUUAUACAUAUAUGACUAUCAAUAAUCAUGGCCCAAAAAAACAAACAGUCUGACAAACUCAACCAAUGAAUGGGAAUCCAACCAAUAAUUGCUGUCCAAUUUACAGCAGAUGUGCAUCAAAAGAGGUCCAUUUAUUAAUCGCAGUCUAAUCAACAUUUUAUGGUCAAACCAACAUUUACAAUCUACAAAUAGUUGUUCAAACGACACUCGUGGUCCACUCAAUAUAUAUAGCCAUCCCGAAACAAUAGUUGUCCAACCAACAGUAGCAGUUCAAACAUCACUAGCUGUCCAUUACACUAGCUGUCCAUCCAAGAGUUCAGCCAACAAAGGUUGUCAAACCAAAACUUACAGUCCAACUAUCAGGUGUUCAACCAACACUCAUGGUCCAACCAAAAUAGCGGUCAAAUAAACGAAAGCUGUCCAACAGUAGUCUGUUGACCAGCACUAGUUGUCCAUCACUGUUCACUUGCUGUCGUGGGUGUACUAGCAGCCAAACCAAUUCUAAUGGUGAUCUUGAUCGAAGUAAUGUUCUCAAAACAUAACAUCAGCAUGGUUGUCCGGUUAGCGCAGUGGUUAGCGCAAUCGCUUCUCACCUAAGUGACCCGGGUUCGAUUCCCGGCCGGGGCGCAUGUGAGUUUGGUUUGUGGUCACCAAGCCGGACAAGUGGAUUUCCUCCGGGUUCUUCGGUUUCCCCCACAACACAAGACCACACUCUCGCGUAAAAUCGUGCCAACGAGAGUGAUUAAUAUAAUGUUGUAAUAACUUGUUUCACAAUCAUUGUAAAAUGAAUAUGUUUAAACUAAAUAACAUCAGCAUAUUUGAAUCAUAUCUUUAAAUAAAAGGAAGGGAGCAUUAUAAGCAAAAGUGUUUAGUCUGUAUGAUUUAAAAAAAAAACAUAACAGUAAUCAAAUAAGAGUAGGAACAGCAUAUAUUUUUGUGAAAAUUUUACCCCACCCACCACAACCUCCUGUCUAGGUAGUGUGUCAAGCGAUUUAUAUCUUGUCAUGCAUAUCAUAUCUCUACAAUGUAUUAUAAACCCAUUGAAAUGCCAUAUAUAAUGAGAAAAUAUCAUUUAUAACAAACCUGGGGUUGUAAUUAAUCCGAUUUUAGCGCUGUUAUUAGACUUUGUUUUAACCCGGAAAGAAAGCAGUAGUUACUAUGCCGCAAGGGAUUAUGGUAUAUUGCAUAGUUGCGAUCAACGAAAAAAAAAAGUUGUGAUCAACGAAAAAACAGAAGUAUUCCGCAAAGUAUAAACAUUUCAAGGGAAGUAAUGCAAACUAUCUGUUAGAUCGGUCUGAAGGGAUUUUCACCCUUACGUCAUAUGCGAUUUAAAUUUCGACACCCCCCAUCAGAAGCAAAUUUUACAAUUUGGCAACCACCUACAGAUGUAAAUUAGUGAAAAAGACACCCCACCAUAUAUGAUUUAAAAAAUUGCCGUCCUCCCCUGGGUUAUAUGUUGAAAUGGAAUAGCCUUAAGUACAUGUCUGAAUAAUGAACAUUAACCAUUGUAAGAUAUCCUUAUUUGCCAACAUUUUAAGAGGAGUGAUAUUUCAACCUGAGAGUACUGCUUGGGCCACACUAAGUUCUAUAUUUUGACAGAUUUACCACACCUAUUUUUGUAAAGAACAAGGUGUAACAAAUAUAUUUUUCAACUGUUUUAAGUGAUUUGAAUAAAAGAAAUGCCAAAACUACUUCAUUUUAAAGCAAUGCUGUAUCAAACAACACGAAAGGCUAUUAUGUGUCUUACACAAUGACCAGAAACCUAAAACAAGUACCUAAAUUCUUCUGAAAUAGGACAACAAGGUUUUGCUUUCGCCCGCUCGUGUUUUUAAACAAAAUUCAUGUUCUUUUUCCACUUGCUCCAAAAUCUGACUACACGUAACUUUUUUUUUGAGUUGCCUUCGAAAAAUAUUUUCAUAAGAUUUUAACUUUCUCAUGAUCUUCUCUAGUAACAUAAAUAACCAGUAUGCAUUUCUUUUCAUAAAUGAAUCUCUCAAAUUUGACAACUUGAUUGUUUUAUUUUUGGAAGGGGUAAAACUGGGAACACUUGAAUGUCCGAUUUCUUUUCUGAUAUUUUUAGCACAAAGUGCGCAAAAGGAGCUUUUAUAAUCACUCUGUGCCUGAUGUCAGUUGAGUUAGGCAACAUUUUGUAUCAACCAACAAGAUAUCUUCUCUAUCUGGGGCAAAUACCGGCCACACUCCUGGGGUUACUGGUUUAACAUAAACACUUCUUUUCAAUUUUUCAAUGCUCAUAGCUUAUGUAUUGGCCAUGUAGCAUUGACUUGCUUAACAUUAUCUUAUUAUUUAAAAAGAUAUAAAAAAAAUCAUGUCUUAUUCUAUCCAAUAUAUUCUAUUAUUAUGAAGCAAAAUUUAUCAAUAUAUUUACCUAGUUCUUGAUGUCAGACAUUCAAUUUUAAUACAAUGUAUGGUAAUAAUGUCUCGAAAAGGAAGAGUCUCAUGUUUCCGUCCUUAAGUUUCGGAACAGUAAUUAGACCGUUUCUCAAUCUCAUAUCUUUGGGUUUCAUAAAUUGAACUCCUUUUGAUGUAAAAUUAAUAUAUCAUGAAAGUAUGUUUCGUAUGUAAACCUAAACCACUUUGGAAAGUUUUUGUCAUAUAAUUUAUUAUGUAUAUUGCUUUGAAAAUCAAUAGCAAAGACUUUCUGAGGUACUGUGUAAGCAAAAGCACACUUGUGGAGAUAAAAUUUAAACACUCAAAACUACUAAAAAUAGGGCGUUUCAUCACAGAAAUGCCAUUUUUACCAUAUUUGGAGUACACUGGAAACUCACCCAGGCAUGCUGUUGCUUCUGAGUACUAGUCUUUUAGUUACAUUGUUAAACUUAUAGCUAUUAAUAAUAUUAACACUAUUGUUAUAUUUUGAAUGUGGAAAUGUGAUGAACUCUUAAUGAAUAAUGAAUUUAUGAACAACUAUUUCUGCUCCUUGUAUAUAUUGUUUGUAUUGAGAUUAAAUGAUUGGAUUAAUAGUUA